AUGUUUUCUACUCUUAAAUAUUUUUCGAUACUACCGAUAACGUUUUUUAUUUUUUACUUAUAUUGUCGCUAUAGAAUAAACUAUUGGAAACGACGCGGUGUAGAACAAUUGCCGAAUACGGAUAUAAUAUUUGGUAAUUUCAAAAACGGUAUUUUGUUUCGUACUGCACCGGGAUGGCAUUUAGGAGAAAUUUAUCGCAAUGCCCCUCAAGAUGCUCCAUAUGUUGGAUUUUAUAUAUUUCAUAAGCCGUGUUUUUUGUUAAGAGAUCCAGAAAUUAUAAAGCAAAUAUUGAUACGUGAUUUUGAUAAUUUUUGCGAUAGACAUUUUGCCGGGCCACAGCAAAAAGACAGCAUUGGAAUGAAAAAUUUGUUUGGAUUAAAAAAUCCCGCGUGGAAAUAUUUAAGGAGUAAAAUAACUCCGACAUUGACUCGAGGUAAAUUAAAGCUAAUGUUUCCAUUGAUGAUGGAAACUGGUCAACCUAUGAUCGAUUAUGUUAAAGAACAAACUUUUAAUGAUAACGGAGUUAAAGUUAUUGAUGCUCAGGAUAUAAAUUAUAAAUAUACUGCUGAUCUUAUUGCUAAUGUUGCUCUUGGUACUAAAACGGAUUCUUUUAAAUAUCCCGAUUCUGAUUUCAGUAAAUCUUUGAUGGAAUUUUUCCAUGGAUUUAAACGUAUGGUAGCAUUGGUUACGGUAUUUUUUAUGCCAGAACUUGUAGAGUUGAUUGGUUCACCAAUAUUAUUUGACUCAACAUUUGUACGCAAAGUAUUUUGGAGUGCAGUAGAGUCACGUGAAAGAAGCGGUAAUAAGAGAGGAGACUAUAUUGAUUCACUUAUACAAUUGAAAAAUGGAGAACAAAAUAAUAUUUACAAAUUUGACGGAGAAAAUCUUCUGUUUCAAUCAGGAACAUUUUUUUCUGGAUUCGAAUCGAGCUCUACUACGUCAGCUUUUACUCUUAUGGAGUUGGCUAAGAAUAAAGAUUAUCAAGACCGUGCACGAGAAGAUAUAAAACGUGCUAUUGAUAAACAUGGAUGGACAUUUGAGGCUUUUAAUGAAAUGAAAUACCUGGAUCAGUGUAUUGCUGAGGGCGUCAGAUUACAUCCGUCUGUUUCUACUAUUGAUCGAUAUACUCGUGAAGAUUACAAAAUUCCUGAGACAAAUAUUAUUAUUGAAAAAGGUACUCCUAUUUAUAUUUCGUUGUAUGGACUACAUGGUGAUGAAAAAUUUUUCGAUGAACCUGACGUAUUCAAUCCCGAAAGAUUCAAUGAUGAUAAAAAAAUAUCUGACGCUUAUAUUCCAUUUGGUGCCGGACCUAGGAUGUGUGUUGGUAUGAGAGUUGGACAAUUGCAUGUAAAAGUUGUACUUUCAAUGAUUUUAUCUGAGUAUGAAGUCUAUCAGAAACCGGAAGAAACAAAUAAAUUGGAUUCACGGUCGACGUUCACUGCUGCUGCUGAUGGAAUAAAUAUUGAAUUUAGAAAAUUAGUUCAAUAAUUAUUGUCCUCAUAGUUAUAAGUUAUUUUGAUAAUGGUCCUUGCCUUGACUAUACCUUUUACUUGGUACAAACCAAGCUAAAACUUUUACUUGCUGAAGUAUGUUAAUUUUCGAGUACUGCCCCAUAUAACUAUCUUUUUCAAUUCAUGAGCAAGUCUGCUCGCAAGAUCGAUAGGUGCUAGUGUCUUUUUCUAUGUAUGUAUCUUGCUACAGAUACAUUUCUAUUUUUUUCAUGACGGAAAAGUAAAAAAAAAAAAGAAAUGAAAUUUAAAACUGUUUUUUUCAGAAGUCUGCCAAAAAUCUAAUUUUUAAUAUUUGCAAAUGAUUCGAGCUCAUUCGGUGCAUUUAAGCUUACAGAUUAAAACACUUUUUUUUUUUUUUUUUUUAGAUAAGCCGAUGAGCCGGAAUCCUUUUUCCGAGGCAGGUGUCUUCAGAGCGGUACAACUUACGUUGUAAUGAAGAUUUUUAUUUGAAAUUUAUUUUACAUGCUCUUGAAAUAUUAAUAGAUAAAUGAUUAAAAAAACUCCAAGUUUUAUCUUUUCACUGGUCGUCAAAAAAAAAUUCCCAAAAAACGCUUAAAAAGCAAACGGUCACACCGGAGAAUCCCCUUAAAUGAAUUAGUUUGUAAAAAUGUCUCAUAUCUGGCUAAUAUUUAUAGUUUUUCAAGAAAGCCAAGAAGAAGUUAUAAGUAAAAGACAAAAAGUUGCAAAGUAAAAGAUUCAAAAUUUUCUAAUACAUUUAAGAGUAAAUUCAAUUUAAAAUAAAAAAAUGCUUAUUUUAUAUUUGUUUUAUUGAAUAAAUUUAAAUUAACAUAUUAAUUUGCUUAUAUUUUUCGUAGUAAUCAAAUUCUUGACAAACAGCAAUAUCCACUGAUCGUAUGUGAGUUCCUCAAUAUGUGUUCUGAAUCACAUCAGAAAUUAUUAUCAACCAUCUAGACGAAAAAAAAUAAACUUGUAAUUAGCGUUGAUAAUUAUAGUAUUAUAUAAUAAUUAAUGAAUUUUAAUACUUGAAUUCUAUUUUUUUUAAAACAAAUAAAUUUAAAUUCAAAUUUCGAUUAAUUAAUUUAUCAUUUUAAUAAACUCGCAAUUAAUGAUUAUAAUUUAAAAUAAAUUAAAAAUAUACCUCAGCUACAUGUUGAAGAAUGUGUUGGCUCUAACUCAUCUCCAUGAUUUGUAGGUUUACCAAAGAUAACUCAUCGAACUGGAGUAUUUUUGUAGUUCACCACCUCACAAGUACGAUUUGUAAAGAAAUCUGUCAACAAUUAAAAAUAAUGAAUGUUUAAUAUCAUUGUCUAUAAAUG